GCGGGGGGGGGCGGUGCUUGACAUGGGAUUAAAAAAAUCGACAAGAAAAAUAACCUUCAUAUUUGCACAUUUGAGCUUCCUCUUCAAUGUUUUGGUGUAUUUAUUUGUCUGUUGGAAAGCUAUAAAAAGUUAUUGAUAUGAAAUUGCGGUGAAUAAAUGAUAUGAAUUGUUCUUGAGGUUUACACAAGAUAUUAAUUGAAGUAAAAGUUUUUGUACGUGGUCUUUCCGGCUUUUCUACGGCGUCCGCGAAUGUAGCAGCGGGUGUCACGUGACGCUGCCGGAAGCACGAGCCGCUUCGCGCGUCCCGCCGCAUCGAGAGCGAAGCUUGCGCGACGGCAGCGCGCGUCAAAUGUUUGCUUGGCGAUGCGAAAAGAUGAAAGGCAGCUUUUGUCGUCACGACCUUUUGCACUUUUUCGACUUGUGAUUGAAAGGCUCGAAAAGGCCUCGUCUUUGACUCUCGCGCCAUCUGGCGGGCGGAAGUAGGCCUGCGACGAGCCGGCUGGGCUGCGCGCGCAUCCGCGAGUCGCUUCCGCCUUCUUCUCCGGCCGCGAGCGGCUUUUCCCUUCUGUCCCUUUUCCGGCGGGGGGGCCUUUCUCAGCGGUGGCCGAAGAGGACGUCCACGGCACGGCACGGGGGGGGGGGCCGUCCUGAGCUCCCUAACCACAGCGAGGGAGCCCCAACAAGUUGGCUGAAAGAGACGAACCGCCAUGAAAAAGCAUCAAGAACCGCAGCGAACGGCUUCGUUGGCCGACGAGAAGCCGUCCACGUGACCCGCCCGAUGCUGCGUCUGGUUCGCCCGCGCGUGCGCUGGUCCAGCGGCGCCACGCAGGCGCUGGUGGUCUUCGCGCUGACCUUCUGCGCCGUCCUUCCUGUGUGCUGCCACCGGCUGCUGCACUCCUACUACUUCCUGCGCUCCGCCUACUUGGACGCCGCCAGCGAGGACGCCUUGCGCCAGAGUCUUGGGCGGGGUCAGGACGCGCUGCGCUUCUGGCAGAGCGCCGCCGCCCCGGCGCCCUCGCCGGCGGCGCUUUCCCGCCAUCCCGAGCUGCUGGUCGCCGUGGUGACGGCGCGGCGACGCGAGGCCCUCCGCUACCACUACCUCCUGCAGGUGGCGCGCGAGCUGAGCGCUCUGCUGAGAGGCUGCGGGGAGGAGCGCCCCUGCGCCCAGGUGGUGCUGUGCGACGUGGAGAGCGGCCCGGAGGUCAACGGGGACGCCGAACUUCUGGAGCGCCACUUCCCCGUCAUCCGCCGCCCGCACCGGAGCCGCCCGCCGGCCCUCGACACCUUCGAGCGCGAGAAGCGCGACUACGUGUUCUGCCUGCGCCAAGCCUUCCGGCUGGCGCGGCCCCGCAACAUGGUGGUCCUGGAGGACGACGCCGUGCCCCGGCCGGACUUCUUCCGGGUCCUGAAAGAGCUCCUGAGCAGGCGCUUCGCCGCCGACUCGCUCUACGUCAAGCUGUACCACCCCGAGCGGCUGCAGCGCUACUGGAACCCGGAACCGUACCGCAUCCUGGAGUGGGUGGGUCUGGGCCUGGUGGGCGCCACCCUGCUCCUGCAGCUGCUGAGCGUGUGGAACCCCUGCUCGUUGUCCUGGCGCAUGUCCGCCGGCCACCUGGCGCUCCUGACCGUGUACGUGAUGGCGGCGGCCGAGCUGCUGGGCCGCCACUACCUGCUGGAGGCGCGCCGGCUGUCCCCGCAGCUCUACGCCGUGUCGCCCGCCACCGAGUGCUGCACGCCGGCCAUGCUGUACCCGGGGAACGCCUCCCUGAGGGUGGCGGCCUACCUGGACCGGGCGACCUGUUCAAAGGGCAACGCCAAGGACACGGUCCUCUACCGGGCCGCCCGCCGCACGCCCGGCGAACGCGCGCACAGCGUGGAACCCAACCUGGUCACCCACAUCGGAGCGUUUUCCUCCAUCCGGCCCAACCCGGCUCAGCCCAGGCUCAUUUGACUUUGUGGACCCGUUUGGACGUCUCUGUUCGUUGACGCUUGCGACCGCCGCGGUGCCUUGAUUUAUUUCGCACGUUUGAAAGGAAUUCAAAUGAUUCUGAUCCGAGGAGCACCUCUGGCCCAGUGUCUGAAUGUUUGUUCGACAGGAAGUGAACGCGAGCCCGAUUCCGAUCAUGUUGGGACCACGCCAGAGAUUUGCAAAUCGUGUUCAACCUCAUUUUAAUUGCACACAAUACACGACAAAGCUGAGAUCGGUUUUUGGAAAUAAAGAGGACACAAACUCGCUAUCCUUAAAAAAAAAAAACGAGGUCGGAAUCGGGUUUGCGACUCAUUUCUGUCUCUCUUGACGCGUCUACGUGCUCCGCGAUUGGCCGGCGACGAGUUGAGGGCGAAGACGGCCGGGACCCUCGUGAGGAUAAGCAGCUCAGGAGACGGGCAGAAUUGGCAACGCCGAAGCCCACGAAUGAUUGCAUUUUAUUGGCAAGAAUUUU